GCGCGACGCGGCGCUCGCGGAUGACGUUGCGCCGCAGGAAGGCCGGGCGAGGAGUUCGCGGUGACCGUGAGUGUGGCUCCAGGCACUCCCUUUCCCGCCCGGCGGGUGCAGCCGCGCCGCGGGUCCUCGGAGCCACUCCGGAGCUCAGUGAGGGUGGUACGUUGGUGUCGCGUCGUGCGGGCGGGGACAGACUCCCCGAGGAAGGGUCCGGGACCCGCUGCCGGCAUCCACUCAGGAAGUUUACAGCAUUUCUCUUCUAUCGGGUCACCUCCUAAGGGUCACACGCCCAGCCAGUGACUUGACCUUUGGGCCUUUUCAUGCCACAGGGCCCUCAGGAGGAAUGGCAGCCGUGGGCAACUUGUUUGGCCUUCUACGGCAGCGUGUGGUGACAAGGGCAGCCCCCGUGGGCUGCCACCUACACAUGUCCUCCUGGUGGGCUGACAGCAGCAGAGCCUUGCUCACACGUGUGCACAGACAGGCCUACGCACGCCUCUACCCUGUGCUCCUGGUCAAGAAGGAUGGCUCCACCAUCCACAUCCGCUACCGGGAGCCCAGACGGAUGCUGGAGAUGCCGGUGGACCUGGAUGUCUUGUCCCCAGAGGAGAGGCGGGCGCGGCUCCGCAAACGUGAGGCCCAGUUCCGAGACAAGAAGGAGGAGCCAGAGCUUGGUGAUGACUUUGACAUGGAGCGGUACAAGCAGUUUUGGGCCAAGAAGUGACUGUCCCCAAACUGCCCUGACCUCAGACGUUGGGGGGAGGGGCAUUUGUUUUUAAAUCAAGCAUCAGGAUUUUAAAUCCA